ACAAACAAGGGACCAGGGACCAUAGAGAUGCCUGGGACCCAUUACAUGUCUUGUAGACACGUGACUGCUUUUAGUGUUGUGCAAAACGAGGCAAAAACAGGGUAGCCAGAAGUUGACAAUAAAACAAGGACGCUCAUUGAGGUUAGAAAGAUGGAAAGUAUUAAUGAUGAUGAAAAUGUACAGCUUAUGGGAGGCUUGCGGCACAGAAAGCGAUUAUGGAAAGCUCGUAUAUUUUUGUUGUUUGCCAUGAUGAUCCUAUUUGGCAUUGCAUUUGUUGCUGGAUUUUUUCUUGAAAGAAGCAUUAAGACACGGAAUGAUAGUUCAAAGGAGUCUGGUACUGGAAGUGAUUAUGCAAAGUUUCAUGAUAUGGUAAAAAAUGAAAUGGGUGCAUCAAAUAUCAAAGAAAAUUUAAUGAAUUUUACAUCAGUUCAACAUAUUGCGGGAUCAGAUGAUGAUGCUUAUCAAGCAAAACAAUUCAUCUUUAAAAAAUGGGCAGAGUAUCUGGGGAAAGAGAAUGUAGAAUUGAAAAAAUAUAAUGUCCUUUUAUCAUAUCCUGAAAAGCCAGGGAAAAUUUCAAUUGUGGAUGGGCUAUCUGGAAAUUUGAGUUUUACCACACAUGCAUAUGAAAGUAGACUGUGGAAAGAUGAAUUUGUGAAAAAUGUAGCUGUUCCAUUUAAUGCAUACGCUGCAGCCAAGCAUGUUGAGGGUAAACUUGUCUAUAUCAAUUAUGGAACUGCAAAAGAUUUUGAGUAUUUGAAGAAACUCAACAUCAGCUGUAAGGGGAGAAUAUUGAUUGCAAGGUAUGGGAAGAAUUUUAGGGCUAACAAGGUCGCAUUAGGUGAAGCUGCUGGUGCGAUUGGGAUGAUACUGUAUACAGAUCCAGCAGAUUAUGCAUCAGGUACUUCAUCGUAUCCCAAAUCAUGGUGGAUGCCACCUGAUGGGGUGCAACGAGGAACUGUGCAACUGGGAGAUGGGGACCCAUUAACCCCUGGCUACCCAUCCACAGAUCAUGCUUUUAGAAUAAAUGAAAGUGAUGCAAUUUUGCCUAGGAUCCCAGUUCAGCCGAUUUCUUAUCAAGAUGCAUUGCCCUUUAUAAGCCUUCUGGAUGGUGUCAACAUUCCAGAAAAUUGGAAGGACUGGAUUGGGGGUUUGGAAACAAAAUAUAGAAUAACAAUGAGUGAAAAUAAUACAAGAGUUGUCCGUUUAGAAGUAAAUACAAAGAGAGAAAGGCGUGACAUAUACAAUGUUAUUGCAACUGUAAAAGGAAGUGUGGAGCCAGAUCGAAUAGUUGUUCUUGGCAAUCAUCACGAUGCGUGGGUGAUGGGAGCAGUAGAUCCGUCAAGUGGCUCAUCUACAUUAAUGGAAAUAAUACGUGCUGUCGGAGUAGCUGUGAAGAAAGGUUGGAGACCAAGAAGAACGCUCAUGUUUUGUAACUGGGACGGCGAAGAAUACGGCCUCGUUGGUUCUACAGAAUGGGUUGAGGAUUAUGCCAGUAUGCUUAAGAGUACAGUCGUUGCUUACUUGAAUUCGGAUAGCUCUGUUCAUGGAAAUUAUUCUAUUGAUGUCAAGGGAUCUGAUCAGCUAGCCAACAUGGUUUUUGAGGCAGCUCGUCAGGUUAAAGAUCCAGAUGAUGAAUCAAAAUCAGUUUAUGAAGACUGGAGGAAAUCGUUCCCGGAUAAGGCCCAGCCCUUUUAUCCACGAAUUCGAUCACCUGGAGCUGGAAGUGAUCAUAAGAAUUUUUAUACCAGAUUUGGCAUUCCCGUUGUAGACAUUCGAUACACGUACAAUUGGGAUGACUACAAUCAUGCAAUGUCGUACCCAGUCUACCACUCUCUACACGAUUCUUUUCAUUGGAUGACGUCCUUUGUUGAUCCAAAAUUCUCUUAUCAUCUUGCUCUUGGGCGUAUUUGGGCUCAAAUGGGUAUGACUCUUGCAGACAGCGAACUGUUGCCUUUCAAUUUUACAAGACUUGCCUGGAAGUUGUCGCGUUGUAAGGACAGCUUGGAGACGAAGUAUGGGCAGGCUUUGAAGUUGCAGGGAAUAAGUCUCGAUGAUUUACAAGCACAAAUAAGGAAAUUUGCUGAAGCAGCCGAAUCAUUUCACGUUUCCCUCCAUUCUCUUGAUCGAAAGAGUGACCUGCAAGUACGAAUGGCAAAUGACCAAAUGAUGCAAGUGGAGAGAAGUUUUCUCUCAACCUCAGGACUUCCUGGACGCCCGUUAAUGAAGAAUGUCGUGUUUGCUCCGUCAGCUCACGAUCAGUAUUCUGGCUCCUGCUUUCCGGGCGUAGCUGAUGCAAUGUACCAGGUUAUACAGAAUAAUGAAGAUGACUGGUCAGUUGUCAAGCAGCAACUUACAAUCUUGUCCCAUCACGUGCUACAAGCAGCCAGGGCUUUGUCAAGGUAGGACAGUGGCAUGUCAGUUUGACAAAAAAGUUUUUGAACGAUUUUUUAUUGGCAGCAAACCAAAUCGUAUUGAUAGUGACGAUAUUCAUUUGCGUUUAGAAUAAUUUUGCAAACACGGAGAGAAAAUGUUUGAUAUUUGUUAUAAAACAAUCACUAAUUAAUAUAUUGUGCUUUAUACAUAAUUUAUUUGAAGUAUAUGAAGUAAAUCUUAAUAAGCUCUCAGGAUAGAUUGAUUUAUAGAGUAAUAGUACAGAGGAUGAGCAAAUCUAUCCGAUGAAGUAUUUGUCCAAAAACCCUUUUUGCUUAAGAAAAUGUUUUUGUAAAAGGCCUCUUGAUCGAUACCUAGGUUUAAAUGAGGAUUUAAGCUCAUAGAAAACAGACCCAUUGGCAUUUUUCAGAUCCUACAUACAACCAGCGCACGCAGAGUUUUUUUAGUGAUGUUUAGUCAAUUUUAUCGAUCUUAAAAGUUUUCUAUCAGAUGUUUGAUCUCUUGGGUGGACUUGCCAGAUUUCAGUUGAUGGCAAGCCAGAAUCCGCGACUGGUUUUGAGAAUGCUAAAUAUGUUUUCUCGACUCAGUAUCAUGCCAUGUAGAAGCUUUCCAGAAAAAUGUUUUGCCAGCUUUUUUGAAGUAUGUAGACGUGGCUCUGAAGUAUCCAUCGACAGUGGAAUUUAUGGUUUUGCUACCACAAUGGUCGAUACCCCUGUUUAUGUUCUGUGCCGAAGACCCUUAGACCCAACGGUGACCACCCGUUAGUCUCAUUCUGACUAUAUCAUGAAGGUUAGUUGUUCUACCCCUGAUAUCAGUCAUCAACUUUCCCAUGGUCUUUUCUCGUAUGUUCCUUUUUUCCUUAUCAUCCCCUUUGCGUUUUUCUUUCCCUGCACCGCCUCUUUUCUUAACAGACUUUUGUUUAUAUGAUAAUCAUGAAGUGCCAUUGGAACGACGUUCAUAUAUGGAGAAGGCAUUUUGCUUCCUAUUUAAGACUGUGUUACAGAUAUUGUAGAAGUGUUUGAAAAUAAACGAUGGUCCGUGCCCUCUUCUUUGAACAUCCAACAUCGCUGGCAUUAAAGAGGGCUGUAUCUUUAACUUUGUGUGAGUCGUGUAAUUUCAGUUUUUGUUUUGCUGUGUUUCUGCAUCACAUGAGAAUACAAGAUCCAGCUUUUUCUCGUACCCUUUUCUAACUUUAAAUGCCAUACUUGCUGUCUUAAUUGUCAAUAUUGUCAUAAAUUCAUAAUGAAAUUGAUUUCACUUUUGCAGAA